CACUGAACACACCACGUACGAUAGAGAAAAAAUAAAGAAAAGAAGAUUUAGCAAAUCACCCACAACAGAAAGAAAAUUUUUGUCUUAAAUAUCAACAUAAAACCAAUAAUAAAUAUUAAGCGAAAUAACAAAAAUUACGCAUCAUUAUAAAGUUAAUAUUCUUUAAAAGGCACACAAGCAAAUUGGGCAAUAAAAACAUAGUGAAUAAUCAAGUCAAAUAAACAAUAACAAAUAUGACUUGAAAACAAGCGAGACGAAGAAAAAAGUAGUGGAAGUGAAAAUAUCAAAUUUUUGGCAAAAAUUUUGUUAAGAAGCGUAUUUUUUGUCGUAAAUUUUCAAAAGGUUUAGGUCAAUGUAAAGUCAAGAAAUACAAAACAAAUUGUGCAAAUAACUUGUUGUACAGUAUGAAAGCAAGUUCCAUAAUGACGGAAGAAAUUUCGAGCAAACUCCAUAAAUUGGAAAUCAAUUCAACGGAUCCAGCACACUUAGGAGCGAUUAAUCUUAUUGAUACUGCACAGUUACCAUUAAAUUUGAAUCCUUUUUACGAAGAUGAUGCGAAUUCGAAUGACUUAAAAUUUGAAGAUGGAAAGAUUGUUUCGAGUUUAACCCAAAUGCAAAGAAAUAAUCAAGGUUGUCGACGUUGCAGAUUGCGUCGUCGUUCCGAGAGUAGUGCAGAUGCAUACAAAUCCGCAACGACGGUUCUAUCUACAGAUACUUCCGAUGUUUCCUGUGAAACACACACUAUAUUAGGAGUUCAACGACAAUCUUUAAAGCAUCGACGCAGUAUUUUGCGACCACCCGUGCUGCGCAAACUGCAAAAUUUACAGAAGCUUCUGCACACAUUGCCUAAAGUUGAUAAUGAGCAAACCUCUACAGGUGCAAUGGGAAAGGCUCUGAAUUCGUCAAUAAAUAAAAAUUUAGUAUCACCAGGAUCGAGUAGAGGGAUAUGCGAUUUUCGUGAUUUAAUUCAUGAAUGUGAAAAUCUAUUAAAUUUAGAAAAUGAUGUCAAAGGACGAUUUGGUUUAGUGAGUCCUGAUCAACGUGUUUCAAAAAAUUUUACAACCAUGCAGUCAUCUAUGCUAUCGCGAAGCCUGUUUAGUAACAAAGAGAGAAAUAGUUUUGCACAUACCGGUGCUCAAGCUUGUUCGCCAGAAAGAAAUGUUGGAAAUAAUACCCGUUCCAAUGCAAGUACAUCAUGCUCACAGCAAGCUGGAAACGGUGCCGCCGGAAUUGCAAAUAGCAGUGGCACCAGCGACGAUGUAACGAUCGAUGAACUUGCCAGCUAUUUUGAUACAUUUGUGCACAUACCGAAGAAAAUGUCAACUAUGGCAGAAAUGAUGUAUAUAUGAAGUGGUUUUAGUUGAAGGAUACGGUUUUCAUGCAGUUUUUAAUAUUUGGCGCCACUCUGAGCAUCAGCGUUUACAAACGAACAAAUACAAAUGGAGAUCGCUGUAGCAACAAUCAGUUAAACUAAGAUUUUAUCCAAGUAUUCAAGCUGUGUAGACAGCUUUGUUGUGAAUCGAUCAUAAAUUUAUUCUCCUAUCUUUAUGUUUUUUCUUAUAAUGGCUAUAAAAUAUGAUUAUGUAUUUGAAUUUGUAAGGUAUAUAUGAAUGGAUUUUGCUUUAUAUUAUUCGUAGCUAUAUGUAGCUUAUAAUAAAUUAUACUAAGCAGUGCGAUGAGCCUGUUCUUAGAUAGUUUAAUAAGUUUUAAAUUGAAA